AUGCUGCGAAAUUUUAUGUGCGUGAUUUCGACAUGUGCUGUUACAAUUUUUGUGGUUUAUAACAGUAAAAUGGCGAGUGCAAAGCUAGAACAGAGAAUAAUAAAAUUCCAUCUACCCGACAACGUUAAGGCGAAUCAUCUACUCGGCAACAUAGUUUACGGAAUUAACACAACGCAUCCCUUUGAACGUGUGAUCCUAACCCCUGACAGUUUGUUCACUCUCACCACUCAGGGUGAUUUAUUGACAAGGGGAGACCUGGAUAGAGAUGAGAUUUGCAAUCGAUUUGAUUGUUGCGAUCUGGAGGUAUGUGAAAUCCAACUGAAUGCUUAUCUCUUUUAUUCCACUUCAUCACCAGUGAUGUUUGUGUUAAAGGUAUUUGUAACUGACGAAAACGACAACCCACCAGUAUUCCCACGAAAUCCAUCUCCACCAAAUUAUUCGAAGAAUUGUGACUGGGAAUUGACGAUCCCAGAGUCAGCUCCUGUAGGCAGUAGUCACCCCCUUCCAAUUGCCAUUGACGUCGAUUCUCGUAUUUUUAAUAAUAUCAAAUACAAAUUGUUAUAUCAGCAACGUGAGCAAGAAAAUAUUGAUGUUCCAUUUACGCAAAAUGCGUGCGCGGAGUUUAGCCUUAUUACACUGGUUAGCGGAUCGGUAAACAGUACCGCCACAAGCGCUCCUGUGUUACGGCUUGAUAGACAGUUAGAUCGUGAAAACACAUCGAAGUACAUCUUCAUUCUUAUUGCAGAAGAUGCUGCGUCACCUAAUUUGAGUAAUAAUUUGACUGUCUGCAUCAAGGUCGAAGAUGUAAAUGACAAUUCUCCAGUGUUUGCUGACACAUCCAUGGGUUUGUUACUAAAGAUUCCGGAGGACACUCCCAAACAAAGUGUCUUACACCAAUUCAAGGUUGCAGAUCUUGACUAUGGGGUAAAUAAGGAG